CAACUGCCCGACGCUCGCAACCAUCUGUGCAACACAACAACGCCAAUAGCAAAGGUACACGGUGCACACCAAUCUCCCAGACUCCUUCUUGAUCCCCGUCCUUUUUGUUUCUGCUAGACAUAUCCUCUUUCUACAACCAAACUCGGCUUGUCUAUCUCCGCCAUCAUGUCUACUGCAGCCCGCCGCCGCUUGAUGCGCGACUUCAAGCGCAUGCAGACUGAUCCUCCGGCCGGUGUAUCUGCAUCCCCGGUUGCUGAUAAUGUAAUGACCUGGAACGCAGUCAUAAUAGGCCCUGCCGACACGCCCUUUGAAGAUGGAACGUUCCGCCUGGUCAUGCACUUUGAAGAAGCGUACCCCAACAAGCCGCCAGGCGUCAAGUUUAUCAGCCAGAUGUUCCAUCCCAACGUAUACGGAACCGGAGAGCUGUGUCUAGACAUUCUGCAGAAUCGGUGGUCACCCACGUACGACGUCGCAGCUAUCCUGACGAGCAUUCAGAGUUUGCUCAAUGACCCCAAUACGUCGUCGCCGGCCAACGUCGAAGCAUCCAAUCUGUACAAGGAGAACCGUAAGGAGUACACCAAGCGCGUACGCGAAACUGUAGAGAAGAGCUGGGAAGACUAGGGUAGCAAUAGGGACAUGAAGUUCACGACAUGAUAUGGCAUCGUAUGGAGUUAUGAGGUACAAGGACGAUAUCACUUGUGUUAGCCUGGCAGUCUGUGGGCUUUUGCCGGACAGCUGUUCCAGCACGGCGUCUGAUCUGAUUUUCUGGGUGAUUUGGGCAAGUUUGGCUAGGUAGUCGAAUAUACGAGCACUCCCUUUUGUCUUGUUCUCGAU